UAUGGUCAAUAAAGCUUUCCGCGAUCAGUUGCGUUUAUAACUUCAAACUAUUUAUAAUGGCGGUACGCUGUUCUUUGAUCUUGGCAUUCGUUCUUUUUUGUCAACACGCACUCAGUUUUACUCCAACGGAAAACCUAGUGUGUGGACGCGUUGUAGGAGGCACUGCAGCAGCAGCACAAGCAGCGCCUUAUAUUGUCUCGUUUCAACAGAAGGGUGUACAUUAUUGUGCGGGUAGUAUUUUGAAUACUCGUUGGGUACUGACGGCAGCCCACUGUUUGACCUCAAAAACGCAAGUACUAAGCAGUGAGCUCAUCGCUGGCAGCAACAAUGUUAAUGGCGCAGGAAGUACCACGCAAAAGGUUGCAAUAAAAUCGUAUGUGAUGCAUGAUCUUUAUACCGGCGGUAUAGCGCCUUAUGACAUUGGUCUGGUGUAUACAGCGACAGCUUUUAGUUGGACGAAUGCAGUUAAGGCAAUAAGUUUACCAUCAUCUGGUGUUGUGCCAACUGGAAAUGCGGAUUUAUAUGGUUGGGGAUCGAUUUCGACAACUUCAGUACCAUCGUAUCCCAGUGUGUUGCAAGUGGCUAAAAAUAUACCAAUAAUCAGCGAAUCGGCAUGCGUUACAGCACUAGGAUCUAAAGGUUUGGAUGUACAUUCUACAAAUAUAUGUACGGGCCCGCUAACAGGAGGAGUUGGAAUUUGUACAUCUGACUCGGGAGGUCCUUUGGUGCAAAGUCAAAAUGGUAAAACUAUUCUAAUUGGUAUUGUUUCAUGGGGAAAGCUACCGUGUGGGCAACCCAAUUCGCCAUCUGUUUACGUUCAGGUGUCAGAUUUUAUUUCAUGGAUUUCGUCCCAUCAAAAAUCGUAAUAUUUGAAAAUUUAUAGAUUUUUAUAACUUUAAUAAAA